CAUGAAAAGAUAGUACGUGAGAGUGGAGGCUUUUACUUCUAACGAAGCACAUCACCCAAACACAGUUUGUGCCCAAACCGUCGCGAAACAAGCUGCGACAGCUUGACGACAGCCUGGGACGUCACCGGCUUGCUUGGUCCGUAUGCCAUUUCGCGCGUGGAGGCUGACACAGCCCCGCACGUGCGGAACCCCGACUCGUUGCAGUUCGGGCCCAGGCGUCGGUUUCGCGCGUUGUGCAGGCGCGCGAGCUUUCCCCAGCUCUAGCGUUCAGGCUCCAUUGAUAAUAAGAACUUCAUUGCCGUGUCUCGGGCGUCGCGCCGGCUUGCCUGCUGAGCGAAAAGGUCUACCAGGCCCAGCCGGCCGCGUGACGCCUCCAACAGCUCACGCAAUGGAGCACCGCACCGGCACCGCAGCCAGCGAGGCCGCGCGCUACGUCUCCGCACCUGACGUGCCCACUGACAACGCAGCUGCUGCUUCCGCUUCCGCUUCCGCCGCGGCUGCCACCACACCUCCCGCCUCUGCGGCUACCGCUGCUACGGCCCCCACAGCUGGCGCCGCCUCGGGUUUCGGCGCUCUGGCUCGUGUGUCGCCGGGCGCCCUGGCAGCCGCCUACGCCGACCUGUGCGCAGGCGCCUGGCCGGGGCCGGAGCAGCUGCCGCUGGUGUACCACCCCAAUUACAACAUAUCAUUCUUCGGCAUUGAGAAGCUGCACCCCUUCGACGCCGGCAAAUUCGCUAAGGUGGUUAAGGCCCUGAAGAGGGACGGCGUGGUGCUCGGCGAUGCGCAGCUGGUGACGCCGCGGGAGGCCACGCCCGAGAUGCUGUCUGACGUACACACGGCCGACUACCUGCACCGCAUACACAACCACAACUUCACGGUGGUGCAGGUGACGGAGCUGGCGGCACUGGCCAUGCUGCCCAACAAGCUGCUGCAGUGGCGCGUGGUGGCGCCCAUGAGGAUGCAUGUGGGCGGCACCAUGCUGGCCCUGGGUCUGGCUCUGGAGCGCGGUUGGGCGGUCAACAUUGGCGGCGGCAUGCACCACGCCUCCGCCGACAGAGGCAUGGGCUGGUGCCCCUUCGACGACAUUAUGCUGGGCGUGCGGCGGGCGCGGCGGGCGGUGGCUGCGGCGGCCGAGGCGGCGGAGGCGGCGGAGGCGGGAGCAGGGGCAGGGGUGGCGCAGGGAGAGGGUGCUUCGGCGCCGGCGGCGGGGCCGCAGUCGGGCGGUGAAGCAGCUGCGGAGGCUGCGGCUGCGGAGGCUGCGGCUGCAGGUGACGGUGCUGGUGCAGGCGGGCUCAAAGUGUUGGUGAUCGACCUGGACGCACACCAGGGCAACGGCGUGGAGCGAGACAAGCUGGCCCUGGGUGACGGGCAGCUGUACAUCCUGGACAUGUACAACGCCGGCGUGUUCCCGCGUGAUGACGAGGCCAAGGCCGGCAUAGACAUCCGUGUGGAGCUUAAGAGCGGCACGGAGGACGACGUCUACCUCAACAGGCUGCGGGCGGCGCUGGAGAGGGCGGCGCUGGUGCUGCCGCGGCCGGACCUGGUGGUGUACAACGCCGGCACGGACGUGUUGGCAGGCGACCCGCUGGGGCGGCUGGGCGUCAGCCACGCGGGCGUGGUGGAGCGAGACGAGCUGGUGUGGCGCUGGUGUCGUGACGUGGCACGGGCACCCAUUGCCAUGCUGCUGAGUGGCGGCUAUGCCAAGGACAGCGCCGCAGUCAUCACCGCCUCACUCACCAACCUAAUCAACAAGUUCGACCUGAAGUCCUGAACCCAGCCGCUGCAUCGUCGUGAUGCCGUUCGAUCACAGGGGCCGAGAGAGUGUAUGGUUGGAAAAACCAAAUGUACACAUGUGUGUAUGGAUGUGUGUGCGAUGGGACAGGCUAAGGGGCAGGUUGGCGUAGUCCCGUAGUGUGCGUAAUGUGCAUAUAUGUGUGUGUAUGGAUGUGUAUGGGAAAGCUAGCUGGGUUUGUAACAGCGAUGCACAUUGGUAUUUUGGCCCUGGUAUGAAGCUUGCACGCCCGUGCCAAGGCAGGUGGGUGGAAGGUGGGUGAGGUGACCCAGUGGGUGGGCUGGGACAUACCAUUGUACCACAGACGUGCGAACAGCGUGUGGCAAUGUUGGGUGGGUCAUUGCCUGGGCAGGAUGCAUAGUGCAUACACACUUGCUGUGGCUUGCAUCAGGUGUGAACUGAGCAGUGGCUAAGUAGGCGCCUGUGAGUUUUCCGCGCGCGUGUGGAAGUUAGAAAAUGAUGGGUGGGCUGGGGACGUACGAUUGUAUUACAGACGUGCGAAGGGCGCGUUGCAGCGUUGGGUCACUUGGGUGGUCGUUGCCGGGGCAGGAUGCGUGUUGCGUACGUGCACAACUGCACGUGUGUUGUUGUGUUGUCCGUGGUAGUCCGCUGUUGCGCCGGGACUUGCAUCAGGUGUGAACUGAGCAGUGUCUAAUGCCAGCGGUUUACAGGCUGAGGGUGUGUAGAAGCGGUGCAGGUGGCGGGGGCUAGGGUGUGGAGGCGGGUGUGAGGCUGGGCCAGCUGUUUGGCAGGGGAGAAGGUGCUGGUGCAGAUGGCCAGGAAGAUCAGCAGCCUAUGCGCACCACCACCACCUGCCAUGAUCGCAUCCGCACCACUGCCAGCGUUGCCGACACGCUGGCAGUGAGAACGAUAUUUACCCUGGCUGAAACAUU